CUGUGUGUGUUGGCAGUCGCCCUGGCCGCCAUUGAUGACAGAGUGAAAUCCAACGUAGUAGUUUCUCUCACCGCAACUUCGUCAGCCUCAUCUUCAUCUUGUUCGUCAUCAUCAUUAUUAUCCUCCUCCUCUUUCAAGUCCAAGUCCAUCAUUGACUCCAUGAUCCACGAUCCACUCACUGGAUCACGUUCCAAAAAUUGAGAGCUGGGCCCAAGCCAGUUCCCCAGAUCCAGAUUGCAUUGCCCUUAUCAACCAGUGCUCUUCUGUCUUGUGAACCCACCAAUCAACCAACCAUCCAGCUCUCCAACCUCUCCACCAACUUCUCCAUUUAUCCAUUCACCCAUCCAUCCUGGAGAGUGUCCUAUCCAUCUAUCUAUCUAACCAUCCAACCAACCAACCAACCAACCAACCAACCAUCCAUCCAACCAUCCAACUCCUGCCCGCUUGACAAAGCUGUUCCAGAUCCAACCAAAAUUCUCCCCCCAACUUGAUUCAUACCAAAACCAUGUCCGACAUUGACAAACCCAAUCCCAGCGAGGCCACCAGUGCCACCUUGACGCUCAGAAUGAUUAUGAGUGGCAAAGAAGUAGGCUCAAUCAUUGGCAAGGGCGGAGAAAUCAUUAACAACAUCCGAGAAGAUUCCGGUGCCAAGAUUCAUAUUUCGGAUGGGUCCGUACCUGAGCGAAUUGUUACGGUCACUGGCACCACAGAUGCUAUUCUCAAAGCCUUUUCGUUAAUAUGCAAGAAGUUUGAGGAAGACGGCGGAACCCGUGAGAGUCCGAUCUCAUCGUCCUCAUCGUCGUCAUCGUCUUCGACCACCCCUAAGCAGACUGGCGUCACCCUUAGGUUGGUCGUACCUGCCUCUCAAUGCGGUUCCCUCAUAGGGAAAGGCGGCUCCAAAAUCAAAGAUAUCCGAGAAACCAGCGGUGCCUCUAUCCAAGUAGCCAGCGAUAUGCUACCAAACUCGACCGAAAGAGCCGUCACUAUCUCGGGCGCCAAGGAUGCCAUUUCCCAGUGCAUCUUUCACGUCUGCAGCGUGAUGUUGGAAUCUCCACCUAAAGGCACGCCUAUCCCUUACACACCCAAGGGAGGUGGUCUUCUUGGUGCCUCCAAUUCUCGCAGUGGACGUGGCGGCAGCGUUGAAAAUCCAUUGGCCAGUUUGUUGAGCCUGGGUGGUGGCGCUUCCACCUUGGCAGCUUUGGCCACUUUGGCGGGGUCACAAAUCAGAGACAGGCGGGACAGCAAUAGUCGAAGCACUGGCGAUCACGAACGAGGAGGAAGCCAAUACGACAUGUCCAUUCCUAACGAUUUGAUUGGAUGUAUCAUUGGAAAAGGUGGUUCCAAAAUUGCCGAAAUUCGUCAAAUUUCUGGAGCCAUGAUCCGCAUUUCUAAGAGUGAUGAAGGCGGAGAAGAGAAGCAGUCGGAAAGACAAAUUACAAUCACAGGGAACUCAGACUCGGUGGCCCUUGCGCGAUCACUUAUUAAUAUGUCGUUGGAUAUCCAUAAAUCUAAAGGAGAUGAAAGAGACGGGGGUCGUGAUCGCGAUUCACGAGAUAGGAGCGAAAGAGAUAGAGGAGACCGAUACAAUUCCUCUAAUUCCUCUGUCAAUAUGGGACUGGCCCAAUUGUUGUCAAAACCUGAAACAUUGACAUCUGCUUUAACCACGUUGGCCAGUUUCUCGAGCAUCGGUGGUUUAGGCGUUCUGGGAGGCUUAGGAGGAAACUCCUCGGGUGGUUUAGGAGGUAGUGGAAACUUUGGCCAAGUGAGCGGAGCUCAUCGAUCACGAGGAAGCUAUGGAAGUAGUUCUCGAGGAAGUCGAGACGAUGACCGAGGAAGCAGAGACUCCAAGCGGUCAAAGUUUGCACCAUAUUAAGGAUGGCUUUAUGUUCUUUAGAAUGAUGAAUUGCUGCUGCUACAUCUACUAUAGAUUAAUUUUAAUUCAAUAUUAAGAUUAAAAAGUGCGUUGUGUUUACCCAUGGAUAAAUACAGAUUUGUAAAUAAUGA